CCCAGGCGCGGUCCUCAGCGUCUCACAAACGAACAUCACAAGAUUAUUUCUGAAGAUGCAAGAUUCCACCGCCUCACCUGUGAAAGACACCACAGCACCUUCAAACACAACUGCCAUCACAAAGUCCAAAGAACAAAUACUCAUCCAAAGUUCUGGGGCUAUGAUCGCCAUCAUUGUCAUCGGCAUCAUCUUAAUUCUUGCUGUCAUACUGAUCAUUCUGAAAACAUAUAACAGGAAGAUGCAUAUCUCUCGAGUGCUGGGAGCCAAUGGGAAAACCAAAUCUCGUCCAAAGACAUCACAGACCACGGGACAGAGCAACUUGCCACUGAGCAGCUUGGGAAUUGUUUCUGUGUCGAGCAGCAUCACGGAUUCAAUCCCAGACUCUGGGACUGGCGUGCCCAUCCCCAGAGGGGAAGAAAACAACAUGGAAACAAACCAAUUCGAUACGACCAGCGGAUCGAGUGUGGUCACCGUGCACAGCAUCCCAGUAGACAACACGUAGCAAGAAGACUGUGGGUUCAACUCCCAACAAGUAGUGACUGAUGAUGACUGAAUGCUGUGGGAACCCACACUGUUCUCAGUGUCAAUCUGCUGAUCACGACACACAUGACAAAAUAUUAUAGAAACUUUAUGAAGAAAAUGUUUCUUGAAGCAGAUGUGAUGGAUCACGUCUGCUUUUAAAACAUUUUACAAAAAGCCACUUUUUUCUCUCUCUGAAGGGCUGCUUUUUUUGAUUCGAUCAGUCUUCAGGUGUUUGCAGAUGUUCUAUCCAGAAGGUUGACAUGUGUGGAGAAGUUUAAAAGUGUAAUUCUUAACUGUCUAUGUUUCUGUCUUGAAGAGUAGAGUUAGUGUUCUCAGCGAGCAGAUAUUUGACAAACUUAUCUUUACCGUCUGCAGACAUUUGCUUAAAUGAUCAUUUGUUUAAAAUAAAACUUAAAUAUAUCACCCAGAUGUCAACGUACACCGAUGUGAAAUCUUUGUUAAACUCUGAAGCCAAAGCAAUUUGCACUUUAUUUUAUUUUUUUUGUUGCUCUGUGUAUUUGUGUUGCUUUCAUUGAAAUAACUUGGAAAAUAAAAUGUUUUAUUUCUAAUAA